GUCUCCCGUGGACUUUUUUCCAGGGAUUACUAAUUCGCGAAAAAACGCGCGGUUUACUGCUUGCUAUUUUGAUAGGCGGAACGCAUUGCAAAAUUCUUUGGUGUGCUACACAAACGCUCGAAACGCUUCGAGUUAGUGGGGAUCGGUCGUCUUCACUUCACACACCUUCGUCGCCGCUGCCGCCGCCACUGUGAACCUAGCACAGGUCCAGUUUGUACAAACAUAUAUACAUAUAUGUAUAUAUCUAUAUAUAUAUUGAUAGAUAUUGCAAGUUGCAUACGUAUGUGGCGCGUGGAUUAUGUCAUUUACUUAUAAUAUAAAGCAUCAAAUUGUCCGACAAUAUGCUAACAAAUUGCCCGCUGAGUGUUGCACCAAAGAGUGAGGAAUAAUAAACACGUAAAAAUGUAGACUCUGCGUAUGCGUGUGUGCGUGUGUGAGUGUGUGUGCCGCAGCAGCAGCAGCAGCAGAUAAUGGAUGUUUAGUAGUGGCUGUGUAAAUAUAUAUGUAUAUAUUUAUAUAUAUAUCGAUACAUGUGCAUGUAUGUGAAGCAUCUGCGCCACAACCAGUCGCCAGACGCCAGUCUCGUCGUCGUCGUCCCUGGGGGCCAUUGCGAUGUCCGAUGGCAUCAGCAUUAGCUCAAGCCCAGUAGCAGCUAUAUAGUAAAGUGUUUAUAUACCACACCAUACAACGUCCCAUAACAACAACAAUAACAAACAACAACAAAUGGCAACAUUCAAUGUAACAAAUGCAACAAGCAACAGCAGCGCAGAUGUAUUGAGUUCCUCAGCAUUUCUAGUGCCCUCCACAACGACAACGACAACAGCGGCAACAUUGGGCUCAAUAGCGGCACAUCCGUUGCAUCUGGAACCGUUUGCUGCAAUGCCAGCCCAUACGCAAUAUAUGAACGCUGCUGCUGCUGCUGCUGGAGCCGGUGGUCCGUUGCCUCUGUCGUUGCCUUUGCCGCUGCAGCAUCAUCAGCAGCAGCAUCAUCAUCACCACCAACAGACCAACUCGUCCUCGUAUACGUUUGUGCAGAUCAAGCGCGAGCCAUGUCAAGUCUCUGAGAUUAGUUCCAACAAUUGCCAUCAGCAGCAGCAGCAGCAUCAGCAUCAGCAGCAACAACACCACCAGCAGCAGCACCAUCAUCUGCAGACAGCGUCCACCUCACUUGGCAUGGGCAGCGUUACCUCGUCAUCGGUAACGGCAUCGGCCACCUCGAAGACCAUGUCUGCAUCGACGCUCACCACGCUGGUCAAAAUUGAAGCCGCCUCGCCCAAGGUGUCCGAUCUAGAAAAGUCCACCUCCAGCACAAUCAACUCGGUGCCAAUUGGCAUUGCCGUCGCCCGCAAACGUCCACAGGAAGCCAGCAGCGCAACGCUGAGCGGUGGAUCGGCUUUGCCGCUGCAGCAACCGCUCAACAAGGAUUUGAACUGUUUCGGCAUACGAGUCGCCGAUUUGGGCGCCACCAGUUGCGGCAAUCUAUAUUUCACUGGAAACGGUGAUCUGAUGACAACGGGCACAGCCACCGCCGAGGAACUGGCACUGAGCGCCGCUGGCGUCAACCGGGCGCCAUCCACCUUCUGGCAAUAUCCAAAUGCAUUGCCCAUUGAUUCAGUGAUUUCCAUGUCACCUGCCACGGUGGGCUUACAAUACUCACGCGAGGCCAGCCGCGGCCAGGUGGUGCUGCUGCCAGCCGCUCCAGCAGCGCUUGCAGGCAUAUCAAAUUUUCCCCUCUUAACGCCCACAGAUCCGUUCCAGCAGGCAGCAGCGGCCUUUGUGUGGCCCUCGGCCUAUAUACCACAGGCAACGGCCGGUGGUGGGGCAGCUGCCGCCGCUGCCGCUGCACUGCAACCAUCGCCCAACUUUAUCUUCCCCUCGAUGGGCGCCCACUCUACGUUGGGCGCAACGCCUUCAUAUGCCUCAACGUUGCAGUUGUAUUUGGCUGCAGCGGGCAGCUCAACGCUGUGUCAGCAUAGCAAUCAGCAGAGCAGUAGCACCACCACAACCAAUUCCACCAUUAAUCUGAGUCUGGCUGCUGCCGCCGCCGGUGUAACGAACAGCAGCAGCAGCAGUAGCCUCAGCAGCCUUAGCUCCUCCACUAGCAGCUCGCGAUUUCUUAGCCUUACCGCACAGCCACCGGCGUUGGCGCCCAAACCGUUGUCCAUGAGCUCAUUGCUGCUGCCGCCGUCAGCACUGAAGCUGGAGGAGUAUCCAGUAGCUGCGCAGCCGUUACCAAUGCCCGAAGUGACGCGCGAUAACGAGCAACAGGCGCUCAAUCUGAUGCGUCUGCCGACGCCGCCAACAUCGGCGACCAUUGAACCGAUGGCCACGCCACUGUCGCAUCAGAUUCUCUUUCAGUCGGCGCCAACUACGUCCACUCCGGCGCUACUAAAUUUGUCUAUGCAUGGAACGGGUGGUGGUGCUGGAAUUGUUGCCGACACCACACCCAACGGCUGUGACGAGGCAGCACUAAAUUUUAAGUUGCAUGCACCAUUAACGCCACAAACGCCGCCACGUGUAGGCCCAGCGAUGUUGUUGCCACAGAUGCAGGACGUCAAUAUACAGACGGACACGCCCGUAUGCAGCGAAGAUGAGAACUCUUCGUGCCCGCUGAAAGCAGCACAGGAAGCAAACGAAUCACAGAUGCCUCUAGAGCUGACCCAAAAACCCAGUGAAUCCAAUGCCAAUCAACCAAUCGAGUGCCAUACCCAAACGAAUCCCAGUGACAUUAACAAUGUCAGUGCCAGCGAGCAGAUCGAGGCGCCCAUCGAAAACCAAGGACCAAGUCAACAGCAGACGGCGCCCGAGGAUCUAACCGGAUUGUUGCUGCUCUCUAACAUCAGCACAAAUAGCACGCCGCUGUUGCGUGUCAAACAGGAGCCCGUGGAACACAGUGAGGCGGUGCCAGCGAUGUUGCCGGUGCCGAUAGUGGAGCCAGCGCCGCUGCAGCCCUUGAUGGAGGUGGACAGAACACAAUCGGAGCCGCUGGGAGGCCUAAAUCUACUCUGCGCUUUGGCCGAGCAACGCAUACAGGAGGAGGUGGUGCAGGGCAGCAGUCUGUUUGCCACGCCCACAUCGCGAACACCCUCGCCACGACCAGUGACACCGCCCAUCAUCGAGACGGACAGUUCGUAUAGCUGUGUGCCACCGACUUCAUCAGCGACGGCUUUCUGUCCGCUGCAGCAGAUGACACUUGGCUCAUCAACGUUUCCCUCAAUGCAGGGCAUUGAGCUGCCAACCACGUCCAGCGCUGCGGCAUCCGCCGGCGAACUAACGCCCGCCAAGCGCAAGAAGCACAAACAUUCCAAGUCGAAUUCUGUGUCCGGUGACAGUCGCAAGUCCUCGCGCUGCAGCAAGAAGAGCAAAAAGAAGCGUCGACACAGCAUCAGUCGACAGCAGCAGCAGCAGCAACAGCAACAGCAGCAGCAGCAGCAACAACAGCAGAUACUGUUUAUUGAAGAGGAUGCGGAACUGCAGGGCGAGGAGAUGCAAUCUGAGCUGCGCAGCGCUCUGCACACCAUUGAUCCCAGUUACGCACAACAGAUUGGUCAGCAGGUGUUCAGCAUGAUGGAUAGCAAUAUGCGUUCGCGUCUGGUCGAGAUUACGCGACAAUAUCGCAAAAAGAAGCGCAAGCUCGAUGAGAUAUCCAAGCACAAGAAAAAGAAGAAGUGCUCCAAGCAGCAGCAGCAGCAACAGCAACAACAACAACCGCUUCAGCCUCUCCAGCAGCAACUACAUCAGCCGCAGCUGAUGCUGUCUAGCGUCCUGGGGACUGCUUCACCGAUGCGCGAAUACAAAUUCCCGCAGUUCUCGAGCGGCAAUCUGCAGGCGUCUACUUUUACGCGUUUUCCGGAGAAGACGCACUCGUUUCCACCGCCACCACCGCUGUUGCAGCAGCCACAAACGGAGCCCAGUACCUUGCCGAGCAGCAGUUCGCCGAGUACAUCGUCGUUUGUGCGUCUGGAGCCCAGUGCUCUAGAUGCUGCUAUUGCUGCAGCUCCAAUUACCUCGUCGAGUUCUUCCAGCUCCUCACACAAACAUUCGCAUACCGGCAGCACAAGAUCGGCGGCGCGCAAGGAGCGCAAGCUGAAAGCGAGUACCGCCGACGCACAGUUGGCGACGGAAGCAAAGCGGCGACUCAGCGCCGCCGAUGUUGAACUUCAGCUGACCAGCGAACAUUUGUAUCGCGACGAGACGCGCGUGUUGACCGACAUGGGCGGCCUGUUCUAUGCGGGCGUCAUGAAGCCGCUGCGUCCGCCAGAUGUUUAUGCCAUUACACUCGAUGGCGAGCGUGGCAAUAAGUCGCAUGUUAUGUCACGUGAGGAUAUACUUAAGGAUACGAUACUCGAGGUGGCACCCAAGAGCGUGGACAGUGUGCCAGUUGGUACCCGCUUGUGCGCCUACUGGAGUCAGCAGUAUCGUUGCCUGUAUCCAGGGCGUGCCAUCGAGUCGGAGCCUGUCGAGGAUGCAACUUCGGCAGUAGCGUCAGCAGUGCCAACGACACAACAGGACUUUGUCAGCGUGGAGUUUGACGACGGCGAUAGCGGCAGGAUCCGCUUGAAAAACAUCCGCUUACUACUCAGCCAUUAUCCCAUUGCAGAGUACAACGAUAAUCCCCUUUACUCUGUAGGCAAACAGAAGCGUGGAGCGCUUCGUAGUGGCGACAGUGGCGGCUCAACAACAGCAGCCACAAUGGAGCAUGCGGGCGCGCCGAGUGGAGAAGAAUCGCACAGUCAACAUGGGCUCAGCAUGACUAGCGACAACACAACCUCACUGGCUGCUACCAUGGAACUGUUCACGCAGCGCAGUGAGAAGAAGCGCCUCAAAAAGAGCCUGAAGAAGUUGACGAAAGCUCAAAAUGGUAUUGGCCAGUCUGCGGAAUCAAAUGGCUAUCAGAAUGGCGGUGGCGAGUUGGCUGCGGCUGGGGAUGGCGGCUCCACCCUUGAUGACGGCAGCCGCAAGCAUCAUAAGCACAAGAAGCGUAAGAAGCAUAAGAAACACCAUCGCAAGAAUGCCAACGAAGAUGCUGAGCCGGCUCAGGAGCAGGAACUGCAUCCGGAAACUAUACCAGCAGCAGCAGACGAGUCCGCAAUUGCUGCGCCGGCAGCGGAUCGCGUUAAGGUAGAGGUUAAAGUAAAGGCGGAGCAGCUGGACAUGGAGGAAGAGACUACGUCCAACCUAAUGUCAGAGGUAUCCGAUGAGGUCAAGGGCGACGAUCUGGUUGAGCACAACAACUCCAAAGGCAGCAGCAAAAUUGCAGCUUUCCUGCCAGAGCGGCAGUUAUGGGGUUGGUUUGGCACAGCCUACCGCAAGGCGGGCGUCAAGGGACGAGCCAGAAAGCAAUUCUACAAAACAAUCAAAAGGGGCAAAGAGACUAUAACGGUCGGGGACUGUGCAGUAUUUUUAUCCACGGGUAGACCGGAUCGCCCCUAUAUUGGGCGUAUCGAGUCCAUGUGGGAGACCACCGCUGGCAAUAGAGUGGUGCGCGUGGCAUGGUUCUAUCAUCCGGAGGAAACCACGGGCUGUCCAAAAUUGAAAUAUCCGGGUGCUCUAUUUGAAUCGCCACAUGAGGAUGAGAACGAUGUGCAGACAAUUUCGCAUCGGUGCGAGGUGCUUCAACUUGUUAACUACCAAGACAAGUUUGGCACCGAUUCGAAGCAAUAUCAAACCAUAUAUGAUAACAAUGAUACAUAUUAUUUAGCCGGGCACUAUAACCCAAGGUUGCAAGUGCUGAAACUACAAGACGAUAUUCCAACUCUCGAAGAGCUGCAGGAUACUACUACUACUACAACUACUACUACUACAGAGAAUUAAGCAAAGCGUGGUUAGGCUUAAACAUAGACAUAGCCGAAGUGCAUAAAAAAUCUAUAUAAAUAUAUAUAUAUAUAUAUAUAUAU